CGGCGUGAGGGGGACGGGAAGCGGGCGGAGCUGCGCGUUGCCUUGUGGCAUCCAUGUCUCCGUCAGGCCUUGCCGGCAUGUUCGUGCCUUGCGAUGGCGGCAGCCCCGAUUUCGAGGGUUUCACGCUGCUCAUGCCAGCAGUGUCGGUAGGAAACGUUGGCCAGCUGGCAGUAGAUCUGGUGAUCUCCACACUUCGCAUGCCUAAAGUGGGCUACUUCUACACCGACUGCCUGGUGCCGAUGGUGGGGAAUAAUCCUUAUGCAACAACAAAGGAGAACUCAAUGGAGCUGAGCAUAAACGCUGAAGUGUAUUCAUUGCCUUCGAAGAAGCUUGUAGUUCUGCAGAUCAGAUCACCUUUUAUAAAGGACAAAUACAAGCCAUUCUGUCAAACACUGCUUUCUUGGGUGGAAAGCAGCAAAUGUGCCAGAGUCAUUCUUCUGUCCAGCAGCCACGCAUACCAGCGCGAUGACGAACAGCUCCUUGGGACACCGCUGCGCUACCUGCUCACACCAGCUCUUGAGAAAGCAGUGAAAGGCCAAAUACAGGAGCUGAAAUGGAAAGAAAUGGAAAAAGUAGCAGCUUACCCUGGAAUAAGCGAUGCAGAAAAAGUUCUACAUAUUCCUGGAGGUGGCAUCACAAAAUUAUUGUUUACUGAGAGUUGUUCCAGAGGAAUCCACAUGGCGGUUCUUCUCAAAUUCUGCUCAGAAGGGGACAAUAUCCCUGACGCCUUUGGGCUGGUGAACUAUCUGAAUGAAUGGCUUCAGCUAAUUAAAAUCAGAAGAAAGUCUUUCAUGGCUGCUUCUCCAGAGUGGGAAAUACCAGAUCCUUCUGCACAAUGGAAAAUACCAAGUUCUUGGCGCCUGCUUUUUGGCAGCGGUCUCCCACCUGCGCUCUUCUGAUCUGCUUGGAUUUCUUCUGGACUGCAGAAACACCAGAACAAAAGCUUGCAAGGCAGACAAGCUUUCUCAGACUGAUUUGAGAAUGUAUUCAGUGCCCUGACAUAUAAAGAAAGUAACAUGCUGUCCUGAAAGCAAGCAGCCUGGUGCCUGUAUGUUAUAGGUGUAGUCUGAAAUACCAUUAUUUUGUUGGUUGUGUUUCAUGUUUGCAGUGGGACUUGUUGCAUUACUAAGCUACAUAUUUGGGUUUGAUCCUUUUAUUUCUUCUGACUCGUGGUCUUGUCAUUGUUUUGCUAGAAACGUGAAUGGAAGUACAACCCGUUUGGGGCCUUUGCAUAGAACUCAUCACAGUGGUAUUUCAUACCUGCAAACACUGUUCAUUCGACUCUUGUGUGGUUGGUUAGAAAAGGACCAAUAGCACAAAUGACCUGAAGGCUAGUCCUAAUGAAGGGUGACAGGCAAGUGGUGCUCGGGUAUCUACAGAAAGCUCAGCAAGCAGGGGAUGCUGGUAUCAAAUAGUCGCAGCAGUCAGGAUGCAUCGUGCUGUAUGCUGAGUGCUGUGUGGGAUGCAGCAUUUCAGCAGGAGCUGUCUCCAUCAUUUAACAGCCGUGACAGCUCAUAUCCCAAGCCUUACUUGUUCUGCUUUGAAGCAAGGAGAAACUGUGAUUAAAAAGCCUCUGUGUGCCUGCUGAGCAUGGCUCCAGCAGACGAUUUAAGCCUCCGAUUGGAAACCCAUUUCAUCUUUGUCUCAAGAAGCAGCCUGUCCUUUCUGCCUUCAUGUUUCACAGCAGAACUUGAGAGCACUGCGCAGAGAAGUGAGGCACGUGCUGGGACUUGCUGAGCCUGUGUCUUCACACUGCUGCUGUCACAGUACAGCCCAUCUGGUUGGGAACUCUCAGUUCCCUGUGCUCAGCGAGGCGGUCCCAAGACCCGCUGAGCUGAGAGGAUGGCGUUUAAAGCCCUGAAGAGCAGUUUGAGAAUCCAGUCACGGUGGGACAAGGGCUGAAGUACGCUCAGGGCACACCAUGAAGUACAAGUUACUGCAUAUUGGACAGCGAUCAGAGAUAGUGGUGGGUGAGAGAAAGCAGCGUGAGCAUGUGCUGCCCAUCACUGUAUGUAUUAUGCCAACUCAACAGUUAAGAGAGGGCAAAAAAAAAAUGAAAAUGUAAAUCUCAAAAGGCACAAAGUGCUGAGCUGCAUCCAGAGAUGCAGACAAUGCUGCAAGCAGGGUCCGCUGCUCCAUUCUGCAGCAACAAGGUUUGCUACGGCAUAGGGCAGACGUCUGUCCUUCACUAGAAGUAGGCACAGCCACACAACUCAAAAUGAAGCUGAAUGUAGCUGUGACAAACCCAACGCUCGUGACUGUUUCCAGAUGGUGCUGAGCACUUACUUAGCUUUAGUAACUGCUUAAAGUACUCCCCUUGUUCAGCUACGUACUGAAGUUAAACACAACUUCAUCAUUAAGCCUCACACCCAAGUUAGGAUUUCAGGUUGUGUACUGUAGCAGAAAUACUGUCCCAUAUUCCCGUGCCUUCCAGUUUUCUUCUCCUUCUGCUUUCAGGGAGUUAAGGAUUUACACAAAAAUCCUAUGAAGUACAAAUCACAAGUAAAACACCCCCCGCACCACACAGUAGUUUAGACAUUCACAAAAUACAACUUUUCAGUGAAUGAGGGUUUAUCUGAAAGUACCAGAGCUCCCAUGAGCACAGAAUUGAGCUUAGCUCCCAUAACAGAAGGCACAGGGCUGGUAAUGCUGCUGAGUCCAUUAAACCAACUUCAGGCUGUUCCACAGUUCACCCCUUCCCACUCCAGCUGCUCAGAGCACUGAUAGAUCAUAGAUGUGAAGCGAAACACUACACGUAACACACACUGAUGGCACAAUACAAAACCCUUUAAUGAAAGGCUCCACCUGGGCACCUGGCCCUCAGCCCAUCCAUUGCAGGGAGGGGUGGGCAGUCAGACUCCCCCCUUCCCUGAAGGCAGAACAACAGAACACAUUCCCAAAGUUACUCCGAACAUUCUGUGUAUAUUUGGUAGCAAACAUAAGGAUUACCAAAUCAACCGGGCAGAUUAAUAAAAUAACGUUCUUAGUGGUGUAUUACAAAAGAAAUGUGCAGGAGUUCCUCCCAGCUGAGACUACAAUACUUAGCAUUCAUUAAGUAUUUGCAUAAAGCCCAUUCUAGCAAGAAUAUGUUGCAACGUUCCAGUUAAGACAGAAACACCGUGAGGUGAAACAUUUCUUCUAGCUCCAAAUAAGCUUUUAACAGUUGCUUCCUAACAUCAUUCGCACACAACAGCACGUUGUCCAUUUAAAAAAAUAUUUAAUGCUGCCAAAAUCGUAUAAAAAUACAAUAAGAGCGGCAGUACAAAACAAAAUAUUUCCUAAUUUAUUUCUCUUACAUUAAUACAGGCAUUAUAAAAACACAAGACGGCAAGUCGUUUUGUUUUGCAAAGUAGCAUGCUGGUGGUGUUCUUCGUCCCCUGGAUGCGGUUUACGCUGUAAACAGAUAACUGAGGUCCUCCUGGUACUUAACAGACCUCACUUUUGUUCCCGAAGAGGGGUUCAUGUCUCGCUUUGCAUGUCAAUAAUUUGCAGUUUAUAGCUGCAGAAUAUUCACAAGUCUUGGAGGCUUAGGUGUCAGUCAGUCUCGGCCUACGACAUACAACGCAAAAGAGAGUCACCGAUUCAGUACACAGUGCAAGGACAGAGAAAUCAGAACAGACAACGGGUUGGCACCUCGCUACAGAACACAAACGGCUUCUCCUACAUGCAUUGAAGUGACUACUGAGCACUGCUUGGCUGCGGAAAGCACUCUUGGGAACCUGUUGCACUUUGGCACGUACUCGCUGGAGAGCUCCAAGUACAGGUCAGCCCAGCCAGCCACUUACACACGCACUCAGCCACAAGUGCUGCAGAAGUCGUCUUUGACCUGAGUGGGACUACACAAGGCUGCAGCUCAGCACACUCGCCACCUGUGGCCAAUCCUGGCAUGGAAGUAAGUUUUUAGGCCCUGUUGGAACGUCUUCCUCAGUCCAUGAGGUGCGUUGCUCUUAGGAACAAAGGCUACACUGCAAGGAACGCACAGAGCCCGCAGUACUACAAAGCCAGUGUGCUACAAGCAAAACGCUUCUACAUUCUGCAAGCACUCUGCUGAUGCACACAGCAGGUUUCUUCUGUUCAAUUAAAAUACAUAAAGUCAUCCCGGCUACUUAUCCAAUUUAAAUAACGACUCAGACAGAAAUACAAUUUUGAACACUGUUUUAUUUUUUCAUACAUAAAAAUGAAAGACUGACCUAAACCUUUGUGGUGUCAGGGUUAAGAACCCAGGAAGACUUAUCGUGUGUUAUGGCAACUUUGCAAACUCCAUCCUGCGACCUAAGCCACUUGGCCAUGCAGAAGACUUCCUCUUUUGCCACUAAUUUAAGUCUCUCGUGCAGUCAUCAAGUGUGUCAGGUGAAAGCAUAAUGCCAACAGCAAGCUAAAUAACUGAGUUUACAUUCAUUGAACUUAAAGCUCACCAGGCUGCUCGUGGCCAACACAAUCCAACACACGCACGUGUGUAUACACUUAUACUUCUUCCCUGCGUGGUGGAAUAUCAACCGAUGCAAGUAAACCAUUUCAGUCAAGACCUAACAAAACUAUCCAGGUUUCACUUGCAGUAUUUACAUAAAAUAAAUCUGAUUUCUUUUUUUUUCCCCCCAGAAUUCUGUUUCGCAAUGAAUUCAAUUUUAAUACGUUUCAAGAGAAAUAGAGCUGUACCGCGACACUACAUGGACUGCCCUGCACGAAGGAUAAAAUCAAACAGAAGACUUAGCGACUAAUUCCAAACUGCUUGCAACUCCAAACCCACUUGCAACGGAGGUACAAACAUUUGUUAGUGGUGUUUUCAUAGAAAACAUGGAUGAUCUGUAUGAAGCUUUCACGUGAGAGUCAAACACCGUGUUACCAAAUUCACACCUCAAGCAUUUUGACCAACCUAUUGCCAAUCCAGGGAAAAGCCCAAUGCAGUAACACUUCAAAGUGCAAAAGCCCCUCAGAAGUGCCAUAGAAACAGCCAACAAAUUGCCAGGAAUCAGGGGAGUGGGGAGGCAGAAAGCAUCUUUCUGCCUCUAUCUUUAAGCAUUUCCUUAGACAAAAGGCCCAGUAUUGAUAAUCUUCAUUCUGGCCCACAUUUAUUCUUGUUUAACAUCCAACUGCUCUCUAUUUUAAUCCCACAGAAGAACUAAAUAUCACACGGGCUCAGUUUGCAGUCAAACACUGCAAGCCUCCACAAGUUCUGUUGCAGGCUUUUGUCUCAAGCCCAAAUGUGAUGCUGAGGGACCGGAAAGAAGAGUUUUAUCCAAAGUGACUCCUAGGAGAUCUAAUCCUCAUUUCCCUCCCACUCCCACAGAAAACUCACUGUUCAAACUGUUUUGUCCAAGACUCGCACUGGUUGAUAACUCUUAAUCUGAGGAGACUCAGAUCUUUCAGAUACGUACAAGGAUGUAACUGAACAGAUUUCUACCUAUUAUCACUUGAAGAUACUCCUUCUUCUCUACUGCAUGAGAAGGAACUGCGACAUGACAGGAGGUGGCUCCCUGCUGCCCUGCCCCACGGCCCCCUCCCAGCAAAGAGGGCCUCCUUAGCAGCUACACAACAAAAAGCCAAAGUGUAGAAGCUGGAAUCAGGAAGAACUGCAUUGAGAACCUGCCAAGACCCAAGCAGAGUUCAGCAUCUGGAGGACGCUGGCAGACCAGAAAAACUCAUCUAAAGCAAACACAAAGGUGGUAAAUGACAGUGUUUUCACUGAAGGUUUUGCCUUGCACUUUUUCCUUAGCUGCUUUUAGGUAUUUUGAAUUAAGUUUGGAAUAUUUCUUUAUUAUAAAAAUACUUAAUUACAUUCAACGUGGUUUUCUAAAGCCAAGAAAUAUUUAGUAAGGCACAUCAAUUUACACGGCGUAUCAGUUACAGCCGAUACUUCAUAAAUCCUCAAUUCCCAAUUAAAGGAAAAAAGAACAGAACCUUCCAUGCCGCUUGCUGGCUAAGUUACCGCAGCUGGCAAAAUGAUGAAUGCCUUAAAAUACAGGAGCUGCCUUCCCAUACUGUGCCACAGCCACUGGCACAUUGCUCUGCUGUUAGAGCUGCACAGCAGGUCAGCAGUGCCAUAGGAUGAAUUAUCUUUGUUCCACUGACACAACAUUUCCCAAAUACACAACUGCACGUUCCAAGGAACUACACUUGUUUUCCUUAUCUGGACGCUUCAGCAUUUGCUUACUAUUUAAACAGCGUAGCUCAAAAUAAUAAUAUUUACUAUUGUGAAAUGAGAGUUUCAAAGAGUCCGCACAACUCAGCCUCGCGUAUUUACGUCAGCCUGUUUGGGCCCCACGCCUGGCACAUUAAUGCUGAGCUCUGACUUGCUGGAAAGCUGUCAGCUCCUCUGGAAGAAGAGCAGAUUUUUCAGCAAUCAAUCCAAAAAGUGCUUUAUGAACGAACAACAAAAAAGCCUCAAUAAGGUCUCCCAGGAGGACACACCCAGGCAGAAAACAAUCAAGCCAGAACAGCGGAGAAAGUCAACACAACUUCUCUGAAGUCAUCCAACAAGUCAAUACUUGAAUAAAUAAAUCCAGGAUUCAAAGUGCUGUCUAACACUACAAAAUAAUAAGUUUCAACUUCAGCCACCACAAUAUAAGCUCUGUAUUUCAAGAGAACUGAAAGGACAGCGAGUGAUCUGCGUUUGGUUGCUGUUCAGCAAGAGCUGUUAUCGUCUGAGUCACGGAAAGGGACUGCUCAAUAUUAAAGUGCCUACAGGACGGGGAUUCCCAAAACACCCCACCACCGAGUGUUUUACUCUCACGCCUCUCAAAUACAGCAACAGGCAACCUGAAGAGCAAUUCCACACCUUGUGAAAUUCUCAAAGUGGCUAACAACUGAAAACAGUGGCUACACAGAACGCUACCAGCAUUUGUUUCCUAUCCAGACCACACUUGGAAGACAAACUAGUUUCCUUUGAGGUGCUUUCUACGUAUAUUACUGAUAAACUGAUUUUAUUCUUUAUAGCAAUUAAUCUGUAGACACACAGAACAUCAUGUUUCACAUUUAAUGGAAUGUCAGAACUUUAACAAAGUUGGCCUUCAAACAGUAGCUGAAGUCUGGAUACAUUGAUCAGUCCAACAGUAUGCUUUUCAGUGGGGGCUAAGUUCUCCAAAGCCUUAAAAAAUUCAAAUUCCCAAGCCGUAUUUAAAUAACAAAAACUACAAAAAAUAAAUAAGGAAUGCAAAGUAA